AAUUAUAAAUAAAACCGCAGAAACUAACAGACAGAACAGAACCCAACGUACUAACUCACCACUCACUAAACAGAACACAGAGAAGAAAGAAAGGUUGGAUUUUUAAGAACUGAGCAAUCUUCUCUUCAUGGCUAUGUCUUCCUCUUCUCUUCAAUACCCUCUUCAUAAAUCUUUAUGCCCAAAAUUCCCUCAUCUUUUUCACUGUUCUCGAAUUUCCCAUCCUCGUCUCCGGUUCUCCUCUCUCAGGUUUCCCUCCACAAUUCGCGCCUCUUCUGCAGUAGCUGUUGAACCUGAUUUAGGACCACAGCAAACACAAACUUUUGAGGAUGAUGUAUUUGCAUGUCCAGUAUGUUAUGAGCCUCUGAUAAGAAAAGGACCUCCAGGUUUUAAUUUGUCUGCAAUCUACCGAUCUGGGUUCAAGUGUAAGAAAUGCAACAAAACUUACUCCAGCAAAGACAACUAUUUGGAUCUUACAAUUACUGCCUCAAUGAAGGAAUAUACUGAAGUCAAACCUGCUCGAACUGAGCUGUUCCGGAGUCCACUCGUUUCAUUCUUGUAUGAGCGAGGGUGGCGUCAAAAUUUUAAUCAAAGUGGCUUUCCUGGUCCUGAUGAAGAGUUCAAAAUGGCCCAGGAGUACUUUAAACCAGCAGAAGGUGGUAUCCUAGUAGAUGUUAGCUGUGGCAGUGGAUUGUUUUCCAGGAAAUUUGCCACAUCAGGGACCUACUCUAAAGUUGUUGCACUUGACUUUUCUGAAAACAUGCUUCGCCAGUGUUAUGAUUUCAUUAAGCAAGAUGAUAAUAUCUCAGAAAAGGAUCUUGCUCUUGUUCGAGCAGAUGUUUCCAGACUUCCUUUCUCAUCAGGUUCAGUUGAUGCUGUUCAUGCUGGUGCAGCCUUACAUUGCUGGCCGUCUCCUUCAAAUGCUAUUGCUGAAAUCUGUCGUACACUACGAAGUGGUGGAGUCUUUGUUGGAACCACUUUUCUCCGAUAUAAUGCAACCAGUUCCUGGAUAGAACGGUCUUUCCGAGAGAGGAUUAUGAGCGGUUACAACUAUUACACAGAAGAGGAGAUUGAGGACUUGUGCACAUCAUGUGGUCUUACCAACUACCAAAGCAAAGUUCAGCGAUCCUUCAUCAUGUUCACUGCUGAAAAACCCUCAGAAUAGGUAGAGGCAAUUCAAGCAACAUUGUAUCUGUUAUUAUUUUGUCAUACUAAUUAUUGAUUUGGUUUAUAUUACACAUAUCAAAUUGUAUAGAUAUUUAAAAUAAGCAAGAUCUGAAAAGGUGAUAACCUGGGGUAAUGUAAAGUAUUAUUAUAGUCAAUAUGAAGUAUCUUAUUCAUUGUCUGGUUUA